UCUUGAUCUUAACAAUGCCCGAGGAAGAAAGAAAGGCCUGGGAAUUUCCUCGGCCUCUUUCCUCUGUUUUGCAGUAUAAACUUGAGGUGAAUUCUUCAAAAUUAGUCACUCGAUUUUGAAAAAUUCACAUUGUUUAUUAAAAAUCUAUAAAAAUCUAUAAAAAUCGUUAACAUCAUAUGUAAAAACUAGUCAAUCAGUUGUACUUUAAUUCUUUUUUUUUUUUCUUGCUCCCUAAGAGGUUAAGAUUUCUCAGUGGUUUUUUUUUUUUUUUUCAGAAGUUUUUGUUCAUCUUCUUUUGAUACUAGGCUGAUCUAGAUUGUGAAAUCUCGAUUUGAUAAAAAAGAAGGUUUGAUUUUCAUUUGCAAUUUUGGGUCGCUGUUUGCUUUCGAGAAUUUUGCUUCAAUUUUACGAAAUCUGUCCUCAUUCCUCUUGUAUUCUUUGUAUUCUUUCAAGCACUGCAACAGGGUAAUCUGGUGAUUUUUUUCAGGGAUUCCUGAAAGUCACCAGAACCCAGUUUCUGAAAAUUGAGAAACGCAUUCUGAGAAUUUUUUCUGAAUUUUAUUGGAUCACUGUGAUUUUUCGUAUUUUUCUGAGGUCUUUUGAGUUUUUUGUUGAUACAAUGGGGGUCAUGUCGAGGCGGGUAGUGCCCGCCUGUGGUAAUCUCUGUUUCUUCUGUCCUGCAAUGCGGGCAAGGUCGAGGCAGCCUGUCAAACGAUACAAGAAGCUCCUUUCUGAUAUCUUGCCCCGAUCUCAGGAUGCUGAACCAAAUGAUAGGAAAAUUGGGAAGCUUUGUGAAUAUGCUUCGAAGAAUCCAUUACGCAUUCCAAAGAUUACAAAGCACCUAGAACAGAGAUGUUACAAGGAUUUGCGAACUGAGCACUUUGGGUCAGCAAAAGUUGUGUUGAUUAUCUACAGGAAAUUGCUAUCUUCAUGUAAGGAGCAGAUGCCACUAUUUGCCAGUAGCUUAUUGUCUAUUAUCCAGACGGUUUUAGAACAAACACGACAGGAUGACAUGCGCAUUCUGGGCUGCCAAACUCUUGUUGACUUCAUAAAUAGCCAGAUGGACGGCACAUACAUGUUCAAUUUAGAAGGCCUCAUUCCAAAACUUUGUCAACUGGCUCAAGAAAUUGGAGAUGAAGAAAGAGCUCUACGUUUGCGUUCAGCAGGAUUGCAAGCUCUUGCUUUCAUGAUAUGGUUUAUGGGUGAGUACUCCCAUAUCUCGAUGGACUUCGAUCAUAUAAUUUUAGUGACUUUGGAGAACUACAUGGAGCUCCACAUGAACUCAGAAAAUAACAAGAGAGACUCACAGCAGGUUCAAGAAGUAAUCAAAGCUAAGGGCCAUGAAUCAUCAUUCCCAGAAGUUCCCAAGAAGAUCCUUCCAUUACCAGACCUUGUGAAUAGAAAACCUGAACUGAACCCCACUAUUGACGCAACGAAGAUCCCCAUGUAUUGGGCUAGGGUUUGCUUGCACAAUAUGGCUGGACUCGCCAAGGAAGCAACUACAGUACGGCGUGUGCUUGAACCCCUUUUUCGUAAUUUUGAUGCUGGGAAUCUUUGGUCUCCAGAGAAGGGGCUUGCCUGUUCUGUUUUGUCAGAUAUGCAAACAUUGAUGGAGAAGUCAGGGCAAAACAGUCAUCUGUUAUUAUCUAUCUUGGUGAAGCAUUUAGAUCAUAAAAGUGUUGCCAAACAGCCUAGCAUGCAAAUUGACAUCGUAAAUGUGACCACACAUCUUGCACAGAACGUGAAGAUGCAGUCUUCAGUAGCAAUUAUUGGUGCCAUAACUGAUCUGAUGAAACAUUUGCAUAAAUGCAUUCAAUGCUCAGCAGGAGCAUCUAGUGCUGGUGAUGAUUCAAAUAAAUGUAAUACUGCUCUUCACUCUAAAUUGGAAGAAUGUCUAAAGCAGCUCUCAAACAAGGUAGAAAGAAGAAAGAGGAAAGGGUCUGGUUCAUCAUUGAACCAAUUUUUCCCAAACCAGACCAUGCAUGUGAUUGGGGUUAUUUUGUUUCUUUUUUUUUUUUGUUUUUUUAAUUAUAUUUGAAUAUGGGAGUUUUAGCUGGGAGUGGUAGUUUACACAUGGGAUUUGAUUUAGUUACCAGUUUCCUUCGUUGAUUCAGUUUCCCAUUUUGAUAAGAAUUGUUAGUAGUUUCUAUUUUCAGGGGUCUUUAAUUUUCUUUUCAUAUCUUUGUUCAAAACUUGGAAACAACCUCUCCUGCGAAGCAGUGGGUAAUGCUGCGUAUACUCAUCCCUCCCUAACCCUGCAAUA